UGUCAUGGCGGCGACAGUUUAAAUUCACCGUUUAGUUCGGGUAACGUUAAAUAAUGAUAGCAUUUUAAAUACUGUAUAUCGCUGCUAUAAUACGCAAUUUAUACAUAUUUGGAUUUUGUAACAUCAAUUUGGUUUGGAGGUAUUUGAUGGACGUAAACCUGCAUAGAAAGUCGAUGUUAGCUAGUUUGACACAAAUCGGAGACAACAUGGUGUCCAUUAGUUUUUAAACAAUAAGCGGGGCCAUGAUUUCAUUUGGACAACAAACAAGUGGUAAGGAAUGGGUUGUUUUGGCUUCAAACAGAAACACCCACAACGGUGGCUAUUUAACCACUGGGACUUCUCAAACCAAGCUGUUGUUCAACGAAGCUGUGCCCGCCAGCUUCAGGAAUCGUGCCACGGCCGUCGGUCCUCCAGCCGCCAUCGUCAUAGAGAAGCUGCUUCCCCUGCCGCCCGGCGAGCGACAGAAGGAUGCAGACGGCAGCGUGAAAAGCUCUGUAAGCUUCAGCAGUCUCUCUGAGGAGAAGCUGCAAGCUGCAGUAGACCUAGUCAAGAGGGAUCUGAGGCGGAGCCGUUUCCAGGCCAUGUGCAGGUCGUCUGCGGACCCCUCGGAAGACGCUUCCGUGUUGGACAUUUGCAAUAUGAUACUGCCUCAGAUGACUGCCGAAUUAAGCCUGAAGGAGAGACUGAUGAGACCUGGAUCCAAACACCCAGCUCCCAGGACCCGUCCCGUGGCUUCCAAGCAAAUUGGCCGCCUGCCCACCUCAUCAAGGCCGGCUGCAAGUGUGGACCAGCAGCAUCUCUUAAGGCGGGAGGUCUGCAAACGUCAGAAUGAGCUGGAAAGUCUAAAAAAGGGCCUGAAUCCAGAGGUAAAUCAACUUGGAGCCAGACAACCACAGGACACGACCAAGAAGCCCCCCAUAGCGUGCAGGUUGCACAAUCUUCGACCCCCGUUGACGAGACAUACAAUCCACAAGACAACGGAUAACCCAGAUCAGCAGGGUCUCCUCAAACAGGAGAUAUUCAAGUUACAAAAUGAGAGGCUAGAACACUCAGACAGCGCAAUUGUACAGGGCAGAACAUCCAAUUCAAGUGAGGCCUCAGCUGCCAAGAAAAGCGCAGAUAACGUUUCCAAAAAGCCUCCCAUUGGUUCCAAGUUGUCGUGGACAAAAGAUCCUAUCCCGAAGCUACAGGGGACCGUGGCCCAGCGGAAUCUCUUAGGCCAGGAAAUGUACAAGCUUGACGCCGAGCUGGAAAGCUACCUCCGGCAAGUGGAAAAACUGUCUGACAGAGUCACCUCGUGUGUUAAUAAUGAGCACAAUGAAGACGACCAGCUCGAACCUGGCGAGCGGAAGAAGUUGGAUGUGCGCUGGCAGAAGCAGUCUGAGCGCUCGGCGCGGAGCAUCUACUGUCUCCAACAGCAAGUUAAAGAAAUACAACAGUAUAUAGAGAAGCUGCACAACCAAGACAUGUGGGAUGAUAAAAAGUCCACAGCCAUCCAGCGUCUUGGAGGUGUCCAUCGUGGCACGCUGAAGACCUUGCAGGUGGUCACCCACCAGCUGGCCGAUCAGUAUAACAGCAAGCUCCCGUCGUAUUGUGGAGAACUGAGCCGGCUCAUUUGCCAGCUCUCUCUGUGCUCAGCCAGGUUACAGGUGGAGCCAGGCUCGCCUUUGCCCGAGACAGCCGCCGACAUCCUGAGCAAGUUAGAGAUUUUGGACUAUGCCAUCAGCAAACACAAGACACUGCAAGCCAUGCAAGACCGAGCUUGUCAUCAGCAGAGGAAGCAGUCCACGAGAGCACCCAAGGGAAGCGGCGGGGCUCGCAGACACCCUAAAGGCACCAAUCCACCGAGAAGUAGCCAUGCUCGGAGGAUGGCGAUGCAGAAGCGGCAAGGACCAGACAGGCUGCAGAGGGUGCCACAGCAGCACAAGAGAAACUCCCCUGGCAAAAAAGAGCACCAGGCUACAAAUGUGAAGGGCAAUCUUGGAGAGCAGGAUGCACAUUUCAAGGAGCCCACAGUGUCCUCUCGCCUCAGAGUCAAUCAGCUUCCUCACAGGGAGUCGACGGUGCCGUGGAUACCGGCGUCGUCACACUCUCUUUCUCCGCCACGCUCUUGUCACAAGACGACAUCAGAGCCCAGGUGCCUCUCGUCUCCCGCCAAGCCGUCCUCAUCCUUGAGCCCUCCAAAAGUGUCCGUGGGAUUCAGCAACGACGCCCACCUAAACUCGGAAAAGAUGCGACAAGCUCAGAAUGAGGCAUUGAGAGGCGCCUGGUUGGACAAGACGACCGCGCAGCGACUAGAAGACCUUAACCAGCUGACUCGAGAGGAGGCUGAACACGUUCAACGACUGAGGGCCGAGGUUGUCUCGCCGACUCAAUGGGCUGAGAGAGCUGAGCAGCAGGCCCGAGACAAAAUCCGUCCGCUUCUUGAUGAGGCCAAGCAUCUCGGCGAGUCCUGGAGCAGGAGCAUCUUGUCGUUGAGGAAUAAGCUGUCGGGGCAGGCUGCAAUGAGGGUUCCUGAGAGAGCUGAACAGGCAGAUGAGGCCCUUCCGGAAGACCUCUUGGAGGAGGCAGCGCAGCGAGUUCUGCAAGCCCCCACCCUGGAGGGAAUGCUAGAGCGCAUGGAGGAGAUACAGAGGGACCAGGAGCAAGUGAGGAGACGGGUUGCCUCGAUCGCAUACUCAGACGGUCUUCAGUGGGAUCAGUCGGCAGGCUCUCAGGUCCAGGUUCCGGGCUCGGGGCCAAGCUCUCCACAGCCCAUUAGACUGACCAGGCCGGUCCUGAGGCAGUCUCCGGCUGCUGAUAUUGUUCUGGAGGAACCUGUUGAGACCGGAGUCCUCUCCGAGAGCAGCCUGAUGGAGGAGGCGUCUCGUGAAGUCGGCCCGCCAAUAUUUCCUGGUCCCAAGGAGAGUGGUGCGGCGAGGAUGGUCCUCAGCGUGUCGGGCGGCAUGCUGAGAAGCAUUCGACACUACCGGGAAGACUACGAGGCAUACUUGCGGCACGCGGCUCAUGAGGGCGGCAGCGCUGAUGUCAACUUCUGGUCCAUUGCAGAUAGCCUGGCGGAAGAACUACUGUGGGAUGCGGCAGCAGACGUUGCGGCUGAGUUCCAGGACGUGAUGGAGGAGUGCGCUGAGGCCGUCUUCACCGCUGAGUUCCUGCAGCUGAUCCACUCGCCUCGCGUUACCUCCUCUUCCUCAUCCUUGGUCAACCAAUAGGUGGCACAUGGCACAUACGAUUGUCUUUUUAAUUUAUUUUGUACAGAGGGAAGUGAGUUAAUUGGGAGUGUAUGUCUGUUUUUAUUUUUAUUUUAUUUUUUUAAUAAAGCUCCAGCAAGGAAGAUUGCUGCACUGCAUUUGA